AUGAAAACGGAGCAAAAGGAAGACUCUAAAGAUUCUUCACUGAAUGCAGUGAGAUGGCUCUUCGUGGAGAAGACGCUUGCCACCCAGCCUGACGGCCAGAGUUCAGCCCUGGAACCCACAAGCUAUUUGGGCAAAGCUGAGGUUCCAUCGGUUGCAGGUGUUUCUCUUUCUCCCUCUCCCCAGUACCCCCACGAAGUGAAUGGGACCCCGAUGUAUCUCUAUGAAGUGGCCACAGAGUCCGUGUGUGAAUCAGCCGCCAGGCUUCUCUUUAUGAGCAUCAAGUGGGCAAAGAGUGUGCCAGCCUUUUCCACAUUGUCAUUGCAAGAUCAGCUGAUGCUUUUGGAAGAUGCUUGGAGAGAACUGUUUGUUCUAGGAAUAGCACAAUGGGCCAUUCCGGUUGAUGCUAACACUCUACUGGCUGUAUCUGGCAUGAAUAGCGACAACACAGACUCCCAGAAGCUGAACAAAAUCAUAUCUGAAAUACAGGCUUUGCAAGAGGUGGUGGCGCGGUUCAGACAGCUCCGAUUAGACGCCACUGAGUUUGCCUGUCUGAAAUGCAUUGUCACUUUCAAAGCUGUUCCUACACACAGCGGUUCUGAACUGAGAAGUUUCCGGAAUGCUGCUGCCAUUGCAGCUCUUCAAGAUGAAGCUCAGCUAACUCUCAACAGCUACAUCCACACCAGAUACCCCACGCAACCCUGCCGCUUUGGGAAGCUCCUGCUGCUUUUGCCAGCUUUACGUUCAAUUAGCCCAUCCACCAUAGAGGAAGUAUUUUUCAAAAAGACCAUCGGCAACGUGCCAAUCACAAGACUGCUUUCAGAUAUGUACAAGUCUAGCGACAUCUAAGCUCUUCAGUACCCGCUUCCAAGGUGGGGCCAUAGCGGACAGACUUCUGCCUUGCAGGACAAGCCUCAACUAACAAACCUUCCUGGAAGGAGAAACCUGGGGAAAAA